GGGUAUGUGGGCUAUUGCGCAAAAGCCAUGAUUGGUCAACCCUUUUUUGGCCAGCUCAACGCUGCCCCUGACUACCAGAAAAAACGGGCUAAAAAUGACCCAGACCAGAAUUAAAAACAAAAAAAGUACCUACACACUCCAAGUUUAACCCCGAGAACGACCUCUGGAUGGAAUUCUCUUAAUUUGCUUCCUAACCUUUUAAUUUCUAAUCCUAACUGAUGAGCUUCUUAUAAGUUGCCCGUUGUCCAUUCAUUCGCACAUAUUUGAUUUAUUCAAAAUGUCUUCAAGGUAUUCUUUACGUGCAACUCCUAGAAAAAAGGAACUCUUCGACGGGAUGAUCGAGACUCCUAGUCGCCGCGCGACGCGACGUAAAUCUCAGUUCCCCCCUAUUGCGGACGGCGCGUCCGACGACGGUGACUCUAGCUCUGCUGCCGAAACAACUAGAUCUAUUAGGUCUACAUCUGUACGGCGUCGAGGAGUUGGCAAGUUUGUCGAGCACAUGGACGAUUCGGAUGACGCGUCAAAAGAGGAGUUCAGUCCUGUCGCUAAGGAGAAGCUUUCUAUUGUCAUGAACGGCAACGGCAACGGCAACGGCAAGACCGAUAUCAAAUCGGAACCAGUAGAGAAGGGUCAUGCCAAUGGAAAUAUGAACGGACAUACGAACGGACACGCCAACGGGCACGUUGAGGAGAAAGUCAUUGACGGUUGGAAGCCGGGUAUGGAUCCCAAGGUCGAUCAUUCCGGCGUCUUCGAGUUCGGAGGUAGCCUCGGUACUUUAGCCCUGAUGAUCGUAUUUCCGACUCUCAUGUGGUAUAUGUGGAUCGGCGCGACCUACUACGAUGGAAAACCCCCGCUGCCGCUCGAAGGGGAGUCUGCUGCCGACUUCGGCUGGCGCAUGUGGGAUCACGUCUACACCGGUGCUUUCCCUCACCUACGCGCAUGGAGAAUCUACUGGACCUACAUUAUCUUCGAGGCUGCUUGCUACUGUCUUCUACCCGGCGUCUGGGGUUAUGGAAAGCCUCUUCCUUUCAAAGGGGGCAUGCAGCUUCGGUAUUACUGUUCGGCGUAUGCUAGUUUCUACUUCACCAUCGUUGUGAUAGGCGUGCUGCACUUUACCGGGUGGUUUAAGAUCAACAUCCUUCUAGAUGAGUUUGGUCCUCUCCUGUCCGUCGCUAUCCUGUCUGGUUUCCUGGUCGCUAUUGUCGCAUACUUCUCGGCAUUGAUUCGCGGCGCCCAGCACCGAAUGACCGGCUACCCCAUCUACGACUUCUUCAUGGGAGCCGAGCUGAACCCGCGUAUGUUCGGGAUCCUCGACUUCAAGAUGUUUUACGAAGUGCGCAUUCCCUGGUACAUUUUGUUUGGACUAUCCUGCGCCGCGGCGGCCCGACAAUACGAGAACUAUGGCUACGUUUCGGGCGAAGCAUGGUUCCUGCUUAUGGCUCACUAUCUCUACGCCAACGCUUGCUCCAAGGGUGAACAACUCAUCAUCACUACCUGGGAUAUGUACUAUGAGAAGUGGGGUUUCAUGCUGAUCUUCUGGAACAUGGCUGGUGUCCCCCUCUCAUACUGCCACUGCACCCUUUACCUGGCUAACCAUCACCCAUCGGAAUACGCCUGGAACAAGUACGCCUUAGCCGUGUUCUUCGUCCUCUACAUUUCCGUGUACGUUAUAUGGGACCAAGCCAAUGGGCAGAAGAACGCAUUCCGGGCCCUCGAGCGCGGUAACCCUGAGAAGCGCUAUGCUUUUCCCCCGUUGCCGUGGAUCUACCUCGACAACCCCAAGACCAUCGACACGCAGACUGGUGACAAGCUCCUUGUUGACGGAUGGUACGGGUAUGCACGCAAGCUGCAUUACACCUGUGAUGCGUUCUUCGCCAUCAGCUGGGGCCUGAUCACGGGGUUCAACAGCCCCUUUCCUUGGUUCUACCCGUUCUUCUUCUGCUGCAUGAUCGUGCAUCGUGCCCACAGGGAUAUUAAUCGCUGUAGGACGAAGUACGGUGAUGCGUGGAAGGAGUAUGAAAGACAGGUGCCAUACCUGUUCAUUCCAUACGUCAUUUGACCUUUCGAGAAUCGACGUUCGGCGAACACACAUCAUUCAACUUACUAGAUUUUAUCCCUAGACGACGCAUGGGCGUAUGGAGUCUAUACCCGCUAGCAGUUUUUCUACCUGUACAUACUUGAGAAUGCCCCUAUAACUUUUUAAAAAUUGGCUGCGAGCCGGCUAGCAAGAGAAGUAUGAAUAAUGGUGAUGGGAGCACACUGCAAACGAAUAAAGCCGGAAAGAAA